AUGUCGUCGGAAUCGGAUCCGCCGUGGUCACAUCCGCCGGCGUCUUCAAGGCGGAAAUCGUCAGCCGCCGCUGCACCGCUGCUGUCGCGCAUCCCAAAAGCGAGCUGCAAGGUAACGAGUAGGAGAGGUGGGUUGGGGGCGACGCUGAUCUCACGACCCGCCGCUGCAGGUGGAGGUGGUGCUGGGGAGAGGCACCUGCAGAGCAGCGGCAGCAGCGUGUCGCACGUGAGCAAGAGCGCGCAUGGCGUGAGUCGUCCAGCUGCAAGCAUUCGGCCCUCAAGAGCGCCCAGGGAUGGCACUGGCAUGGCUGCUGCGCUCUCAAGGGAUGGCACUGGCAUGGCUGCUGCGCUCUCAAGGGAUGGCACUGGCAUGGCUUCUGCGCUCUCAAGGGAUGGCACAGGCAUGGCUGCUGCGCUCUCAAGGGAUGGCACUGGCAUGGCUGCUGCGCUCUCAAAAUAUGGCACUGGCAUGGCUGUUGCGCUCUCAAGGGAUGGCACAGGCAUGGUUGCUGCGCUCUCAAGGGAUGGCACUGGCAUGGCUGCUGCGCACUCAAGGGAUGGCACUGGCAUGGCUGCUGCGCUCUCAAGGGAUGGCACUGGCAUGGCUGCUGCGCUCUCACGGGAUGGCACUGGCAUGGCUGCUGCGCUCUCAAGGGAUGGCACUGGCAUGGCUGCUGCGCUCUCAAGGGAUGGCACUGGCAUGGCUGCUGCGCUCUCAAGGGAUGGCACUGGCAGGGCUGCUGCGCUCUCAAGGGAUGGCACUGGCAUGGCUGCUGCGCUCUCAAGGGAUGGCACUGGCAUGGCUGCUGCGCUCUCAAGGGAUGGCACUGGCAUGGCUGCUGCGCUCUCAAGGGAUGGUACAGGCAUGGCUGCUGCGCUCUCAAGGGAUGGCACUGGCAUGGCUGCUGCGCUCUCAAGGGAUGGCACUGGCAUGGUUAAUGUGGAUGUUUAUGUAGAUCGUCCUAGAUUCAUGUAG